AUAAAAGUUAACAAAUACCACUUAAGAAAAAGGGGAGCGUUUCCUGAAGUGGGUUCUUCUAAAGGACUUUGUCGUCGUGGCCUUCGUAUUUCUAAAAUCCUGGAAAUAACCCAUAAUUUUUAUCUGGGCUCAUCGAUGCAUUAACCGACACAUAAAGGGGAGUACACACAAUGAUUCAGAUUAACCCAGAUUUGUUUUAAACUGAUUUUUAAAAAAUGUGCAUUUCUGUUUUCAUUUGGCCCUGCAAACAUGUCCAAUAAAAUGAUUUUAUUGUGAAAGGUUAGCCGGACGUUAUAUCUUUCGUUUCAUUACUCUGUUAGCAUUAGCAUUAGCGUUUCGCUCUUACACAAGAACUUUGUAGAUUUUAUCUACUUUAAAUGACAGGAACAAAUUAACAUGUGCACAUUUUUAUAGUUUUGUACACGAAUAUAAAUUGUGUUUCAGUCUGCGGUUCUCUGCGUCUUUAGCCAUUAACGCACUUGUAGCUAGCGUGGCCAAUGCUAACCGGCUAGCCGCUAAUGCUGUCAGAGGGCAGAAGUUAAAGUUAAGUUUUACUCACAUUCGACAAAUAAUGCUACCCAGUCAGAUAUUAUAGUUGUAUUUAGAUGCACACGGAGCAGAAUGAGGGCUUUACUUGGUGUUAAAACACAGCAGCUGCUCAGCAGAGUCUUCAGACCAUCAGCAGCAGUGCGAUGGCGAGCAGCUCAGACCAGACUCUUCUGCAGCUCUUCGCCAGAUGAGGGAAAGCCCCGACCGUCCAUGCUGCGACACCUGACCUCCAAAAUAAAAGCCACAGGUCCGAUUCCAGUGGCCGAGUACAUGAGGGAGGUGCUCACCAACCCCGUGACGGGUUAUUAUGUGAAGAACAACAUGCUGGGACCAGAUGGAGAUUUCAUCACUUCACCAGAAAUCAGUCAGAUUUUCGGAGAGCUGCUUGGUGUGUGGAUCAUCAGCGAGUGGAUGGGAGCGGGUGGACCCAAACAGCUGCAGCUGGUCGAGCUCGGACCUGGAAAAGGAUCGUUGGCCAGCGACGUCCUCAGAGUGUUCGGUCAGUUGCGGUCGGUGCUGGGCGACGUCUCGGUGUCGCUGCACCUGGUCGAGGUGAGUCCGGCUCUGAGUCAGCUUCAGGCCCAGAAUCUGACCAGGGACCGCAGCCGGGAGGCAGGCGCCGAGGACGAGCCGGUUUACCGCCGAGGGGAAACUGCAGCCGGCCUGCCGGUGUCCUGGUACCGCCGCUUAGACGACGUCCCCACAGGUUUCAGCAUCUUUCUGGCUCAUGAGUUCUUUGACGCUCUGCCCAUCCACAAAUUUCAGAGGACGGAGAAAGGCUGGAGGGAGGUGAUGGUGGACAUCGACCCGGGGAAGCCGGACCAGCUGAGGUUUGUCAAAGCGCCGUCUCCCACCCUGGCCUCGUCCACACUCGUACAGGCAGACGAAAGGCGGGAUCACGUGGAGGUGUGUGCAGAGGGCGGGGUCAUCGUCCAGCAGCUGGCCCGGCGUAUCGCAGAGGACGGCGGAGCGGCGCUGAUCGCCGACUACGGCCACGAUGGAAACAAGACGGACACGUUCAGAGGUUUUAAGGGUCACCAGCUCCACGACGUCCUGGCCUCCCCCGGCUCGGCCGACCUCACCGCCGACGUGGACUUCAGCUACCUGCGGAGGAUGGCGGGAGGGGGCGUGGCCUGCAUGGGGCCCGUCACUCAGAGGACGUUCCUGAAGAACAUGGGCAUCGACACACGACUACAGGUUCUGCUGAGGAACUGCAGCGACCCGUCCACCAGGAAGCAGCUGAUCAGCAGCUACGACAUGCUGACCAACCCCGCCAAAAUGGGCGAGCGCUUCCACUUCUUCAGCCUGCUGCACCACAGCCGCCUCGCCAAACCCAAGACACCAGAGGGGCUGAAGCUGGAGAAGAAGAGCCCGGCGCCGCUGCCGGUGGCCGGAUUCACCGAGCUCAGCUUCUCCUGAGGGUUUUCAUCAACAGGUCAGAGAAGUCUGGGAACAACUGGAAACUUAUCUGAUCUUUUUUUAGUCAAGUGUGGGAGCUGGGACAGACAUUAUGGGAUAUCUGGGAGAUUUUGAAAGCUCCAAAUUUGACGGAUCAUGUCAACGGGACAAUGCUGUUUUUACGGCUGAUGUUUAAAAAUGUGCUGUUUUCACACAGGUGAAUGACACAGUGAAUCUAACUUAGAGAACAAGAAGAAAAUAUUGCAGUAUUGAACCUGGUUUUUUGACCAAUAUGAUGUGAACUAAAAAUACAGUUUCUCUUGAAGUCAAUUUUAAAGGCAUUUUAAUGCCAAAAAGGGAAGACAAAAAAUAUUGUGUGGGUUUUUUGACUUUGAUUGUUUAAUCGGUGAUAAAAAACAGUUGCUUAAUGAUGUAAGAGAGACUUUCAGAAUCCAAGCAAUCUCCCAAAUUCUACAAUUUCGUAGCCAUGUGCGAACCCUGGUCCUUAAAAUUCAGAGCAUACUGACACCUGAUAUCCAUCGACUGGAGUAAACUGUGACACCACUUCAGGUCAAAGGUCGUCCCGCUGCAGGAGGAUCUUUUUCCUCCCUCGCACGUCAUCUCUCGGCCGGCUGCCUCCGUCCACAUCUUGAAGCAGUUGGCUGAGCUCACAGUUGUGCAGCGGCCAUUCAGAACGAGCCCGCCGCUCCUCCGGUAGCAAUUAAAAGAUUCAGUUACACAUGUGGGGGGGUCGCCACUGCCAAGACAAGCAGCCGUCCUCCAGAGGAGCGGCAGAGCAGGGCGAUCGUGUUCAGGAUUGGUAAUUAAAUGAUCGUUUCCAAACAUCCUGCUGCGGAUCGUUAUCAGCUUUUCCUCUGAUUCAAGAGGGUGUUUUUUCUUUUUACUGACCGGAUUAAUUUGAUGGGUUUGACUCGAACAUUUGGAAGAAAUUAAAGGAUUUUAUCAGACCUCUUGAACUGAAGAUUUUUUUAAGGUUUCUUGCCUUGAAACUGCCACAGGACAAAGUCAGAUGUUUUAAUAACAGUUUGGUUUGUGCCUUUAAGUCUGAUUUAAUUUUGAGAUUAGACAAAAUUUAAACAAAAAACAAAAUUUGUCCAAUUUUUUUGGCUCAGAUUAUGAUUUAAGAUCUAAAUUGAAAAUUUGAAAUCUUGUGGCAGCACAUUAUCUAUCAAUUACACGGGUUACAUUCUGAUUUCUUCACGCUCUCUGUACAUUUAACGUGUUAUAUUAUCAACUUUACACCACAAUAACCCGAAUGAUAAAAUGAAAGUAGCUGGAAUAAAAAUAAAUAAAUAAAUAAAAAAUUGAAAGAUCUUCAGGUUUAAAUAAAUUAAACAUAAACCCUCAAAGCAAACAUAUAUUUCAAAGGAUGUCUGUGUUCAUUGCGUUGUGUUUUGCAAAAUCCUCCUUGCCGAAAUUAUUAUUCUCUUAUUUUUUAAACACCUGAAAUAGUUAAAACUUAAAAGGCAAUGCUAGUUUAUAAAACCAGGAGUAAAAGCCCGUUUCCACCUCGAGAACCAUUCUUGGGACCCAGGAACUUUAACAGUCUCUCAGCCAGAGGCGCCAAGGUCUAGAUUUGCAGCUGGUCCCCAAAAAGUCCCCUUUUCAGGGGUAGGAUGGCCCAGGAACUAUUGGGGUGGAGUUUGUAGGGCCGCUCGCUCACUGAUCAAUCACAGACCUCGUGGCUGCAGUAGUUCCUGAGCAGCUUCCUUCACACGGUAAAAUAGCCCUGGGCACCACUAGAAUUGAUACUAGCAUGAGUGUCAGACAUUUCUUAUUUAUUGACGUUAGGUACUUUUUACCUUCGCAUCAGUUCAUUAUCAGAAUAUGAAGAAUAAUAUAACAACUUUGGGUUUUUUGUUUGUGUCUUGGAACUAUUUGGUUGAAAAGUGGCAUUAGUCAUCUUCCUUUAAGUCGAACUUUCUCCAGCCCAGAACAUAAUGUUUGAGUGCACCACACACACAAUAUAAGCAUCCUACAAUUUCCUAGUUUUAUCUGACUGUGCAGCUUUUCUUCCUCAUACCUACCCAAACAUUUUAUCUUACCUUAUGUGUCCGAUCCCUUCAUUUCCUCACCAAGGAGUACUCUUUGCUCAUCUUUUUUUAAAAUGACUUGUAAGAAUUAAAACUGUUAUCCAAAGGAAUUAUAAGUGUAUGUACUGAAGCAGCUUUGCUGUUGAUUUGCGGCUGGUUGAGGCGUCGGUGACACAAGGACCGAGCCUCGUUCUGCUGCUGAAUCCACGACUUGCUGUGAAUAGGAGCAUAAGUUGAGCAACUAUGAUGUAAAAUGAAGACUUUCUCAAAGUUUGCCAGUCAGCUUUAAUAUUUUCCCAUCAAAAUCAUCCACACGAUGCAGAGUUUCUUGCAAAAAUAUAAAACAUGAAAUAAAUUCUCAGGCUGGAGUCAGAUCAGGAUCAAAGAUG